CGGUUACAACCCUCCCCCGCCCCCGCCCCCGCGCGGCGGUGUCUCCCUCCCCGCCACCUCCCCGCCUGUCACUGCCACGCCGGAGAGCCACCAUGGCGCACGGCGGGCCACGCGUGUCCCCCGCCGCCGCCGCUCCGCGCGGGGCCGCCCGCCGGCUGCCGCCGCCGCUGCUGCUGCUGCUGCUGCUGCCGCCGCUGCUGGGCGCCGCCGCGGCGCUGCGCGGAGCGGAGCCCGGCGGCCGCCCGCGCCCCGGCGCCCUGACCCGCGGGGCGCGCAGCCCGCCCGAGCCGCGGCGCGGCGGCGGCGGGGCGGCGGCGGCGAGCCGCUCCCGGAGAGCAUCCCCGGCGGCGGCGGCGGCGGCGGCGGCGGCGGGCCGGGAGCAGGUCGCGCUCGUCAGCACCUCCUUCGUGCUCAAGGGGGACGCGUCUCACAACCAGGCGAUGGUGCACUGGACGGGCGAGAACAGCAGCGUGAUCCUGAUCCUUACCAAGUAUUAUCAUACAGACAUGGGGAAAGUGCUGGAGAGCUCUUUGUGGAGGUCAUCAGAUUUUGGGACCUUGUACACAAAGCUGAAUCUACAGCCUGGGAUUGCCACUGUUAUUGACAAUUUCUACAUUUGCCCCACCAACAAGAAAAAGAUAAUUCUUGUAAGUUCUUCCCAUAACGACCGUGACCAAAGUCUUUUCAUAAGCACGGAUGAAGGAGCCACUUUCCAAAAGCAGCCCAUUAGUUUCUUUGUGGAAACUCUCCUUUUUCACCCAAAAGAAGAAGACAAAGUACUUGCUUACACCAAGGAAGGCAAGGUUUAUGUGUCAGUUGACUUGGGGAAAAAAUGGAUCCUUCUGCAGGAGCGAGUUUCAAAAGAUCAUAUUUUUUGGGCCGUCGCUGGAGUUGAUGGAGACCCUGAUUUAGUUCAUAUGGAAAUCCAGGACCCCAGUGGAGGUUAUCAUUACAUCACUUGCCAGAUUCAAAAUUGUUCUGAUAAGACAAUGACAGUCCAGUUUGCUGAUGGCACUGAUCGGGAUUCCUUGACUGUGCAGGAUGACUACAUAUUUCUUCAGACAACAUCAGCAAAUCGCACAAAGUAUUAUGUGUCUUACCGUCGUAACGGCUUUGUACAGAUGAAGUUACCGAAAUACGCAUUGCCAAAAGAUUUACAGAUAAUCAGUACAGAUGAAAACCAGGUAUUUGUGGCUGUUCAGGAGUGGUACCAGACAGACACAUACAACCUGUACCAGUCUGACCCACAAGGUGUUUACUACUCCAUCCUGCUGGAGAAUGUUCGGAGCACAAAACAGCCAGAAGAGAAUGUCCUGAUAGAUAUUCUAGAGGUCAGAGGUGUAAAAGGAGUCUUUUUGGCCAACCAGAAGAUUGAUGGGAAAGUUACAACUCUAAUAACCUACAACAAAGGCCGUGACUGGGAUUUUUUAAACCCUCCAGAUAUUGAUAUGAAUGGCAAACCGACAAACUGCAAGCCUCCUGAUUGCUACCUUCACCUCCAUCUCCGCUGGGCAGACAAUCCAUAUGUGUCAGGAACAGUCCAUACAAAGGAUACUGCACCGGGGCUGAUAAUGGGGGCAGGUAACCUGGGGUCUCAGCUGGUUGAAUAUAAAGAAGAGAUGUACAUAACAUCUGACUGUGGGAACACGUGGCGUCAGGUCUUUGAAGAAGAGCAUCACAUCUUGUACUUGGACCAUGGCGGAGUUAUUGUGGCCAUCAAGGACACUUCAAUCCCUCUAAAAAUACUCAAGUUCAGCAUAGAUGAAGGCCAGACCUGGAGUACACAUAAUUUUACCAGCACUUCAGUCUUUGUAGAUGGACUACUUAGUGAACCUGGAGAUGAGACACUAGUCAUGACAGUCUUUGGACAUAUUAGUUACCGUUCUGACUGGGAACUGGUGAAGGUUGACUUCAGGCCAUCCUUCCCCAGGGAGUGCACUGAUGAUGACUAUGAAUCUUGGGACCUCACAAAUCUACAGGGUGAUCGUUGCAUCAUGGGUCAGCAAAGGAGCUUUCGGAAGAGGAAGAUUUCAUCGUGGUGCAUUAAAGGGAGGAGUUUCACAUCAGCUCUCACAUCCAAAGUUUGUGAAUGUGUGAACUCUGACUUCUUAUGUGAUUAUGGGUUUGAGCGUUCCACACCUCUGAAAUCGGACUCUAGUAAAUGCUUUGCUGACUUUUGGUUUAACCCAGAAGCACCUCCUGAAGACUGUGUGCUGGGGCAGGCAUAUACAAGCAGCACUGGGUACAGGAAAGUUGUUUCUAAUGUGUGUGAAGGUGGUAUAGACCUGCAACAGAACUUAGCGCAGCAUAUGUGUCCAUUGAUUGCUCCCAAGGGACUUCAGAUCAGCAUCAGAGGAGAAAGCCUGGCUGUUAAGCCUGGGGAGGACAUCACCUUCGUUGUCAGACAAGAGCAGGGUGAUAUAUUGAAUACCAAAUACCAGGUAGAUCUUGGAGAUGGCUUUAAGGCAAUAUACGUGAACCUUACAAUGACUGGAGAACCGAUUCGUCACCGUUACGAGAACCCCGGGAUUUAUCGUGUCUCAGUUAAGGCUGAGAAUGUUGCUGGGCAUGAUGAGGCCGUGGUGUUUGUCCAAGUUAAUUCUCCGUUGCAGGCUUUGAAUUUGGAAGUGAUUCCAGUUAUCGGCAGAAACCAGGAGGUGAAUCUGACAGCCAUCAUAUUGCCCAAGAACCCUAAUUUGACAGUCUUCUACUGGUGGAUAGGAAACAAUCUUCAACCACUUCUUACAUUGGAGAGUUUUUUGGUGGCAAGGUUUGCUGAGACAGGUGAAGUUAGAGUUACAGUGCAAGCUUCCUGUGGGAACUCCAUGCUUCAGGAUUCAAAGGUUGUCCACGUUUUUGAUCAUUUUCAUGUUCUUUCUCUGAAGUUUACUAAGCACCUGGACAUGUACAACCCCGACAUACCAGAAUGGAGGGAAGACAUAGGGCGAGUAGUAACACGACUUCUUGCAAAGGAAACUAAUAUACCUGAAGAAACACUUGUGACGGUUGUGAAACCUGGUCUGCCCACAACUGCUGAUUUGCAUGUGCUGCUACCAGCAAACCAACCAAAGAGGAAGAGGAGUGUAACUAGCGAUAAGAGGAUAGCGGCUAUAAAGCAGGCCUUGAAUGCACACAACAUCAGUUUCUUUCUGAGGGGAGGAUACUGGGUCUUAGUGACUUUAGCUGACUCCGGUUCAGACUCUCAAAGGAUUGGAGGAGGCAGUGGGUACUGGGCUAUUGUGGUUCUCUUUGUUAUCUUUCUAGUCAUAGUCGGAGCUUUCAUCCUCUACAAGUUUAAAAGGAAACUGCCAGGCAGAAAUGUCUAUGCCCAGAUGCACAAUGAAAAGGAGCAGGAGAUGACAAGCCCUGUUAAUCAUAGUGAGGACACCCAGAACAUCAUCCAGGGUGAGGAGUUUAUUGAUGAUGAUCUGGACUCUCAAACACUAGGUAACGCAAGAGUGACUCCUUCUGGGAGAAGUGGCAACUUGAACAGCUACAGAGUUCCCCUAUUGCUGAUGCCGGUCAGUGUCCAGUCCCAGGCAAUCACUCAGGCGUGGUUUUGAGCAUCAACUCCAGAGAGAUGCACAGUUACCUGGUUAGCUGAUAUUUACAGCUGAACACAAAAACCGAAAGACACUUCUCUGUAUCGUUUUAUUUUUCCCUGGUGAUAUCACAAAAUUUCAAAUAUGGCUGUAAAUGCUGGUGGAGAGGAGGUUCAUUAACAGUCCUGUGGAAAAAAGCAUCCAUCAUCAGUUACCCGGGAGAAGGAUAAUACAUCUUGUGUUCACUCUAUGGCCUGGAAACUUGUUACAAUUCAAACUCAAACUAAAGUAGCAAAUUUGUAGCCCUAGGCACAUUCAAUGCCACAUUCUUUCUUUUUCUGUAUAUGUUCUAGUUUCUUUGUGUUUAUUUUUAGAAGGAUUGACUGUAACUUUUUAAUUAUAUUUUUAAUUGCGGUAAUCAGUGGAAGGCUGGGACUCUUCAGCUUGAAAUAUUGAUUUGUAGACAAGUGACUAGAACAAACAGAUGGCUCGUUGAACACUAUAUUUUUUCAGAAGUCUGUAAUUCAGAAAUGGUUCUGUACCGAGAGAGGUCUUAGCAAGGAGACAAAUGCACUCCUAGUGAAUUCAAGUUCUUAACUUAAAAAUGUGUGAGACAAUCUAAUGAACUUAGGCUUAGGCCCUUCUAUUGUUUAACGGAAUCAAAGUGUUAGGAUAUUCUAAAAUCGUAGAAUAAUGCUCUUGUAAGUGUAGCAAGUCCUGACAAACCAUCAGCACUGGUAUCUCUCCCAAUCCCACCCUGUGUGAAAGAUAAAACACCAGCUUGAUGCUUUUUCCAGACCAGGUGCCUUCACUUGCAGACAGUCAUUUCAGUUGCUCUCAUCUUCUAACCAAGCACCUCUAGAAGGAUGGCAGCUGCCAGAUCGGUUAUCAUAUAAAAAACUGUUCUGACGUCCUGUCUCUUUUUAAAUUUCCAGAGUGUGUAAAUACCUCCUUUAAGUAGCUUUCUUUGUAUGGUUAUUUUUUAAAAACUUCCUAUUCAUAGGGCAGAGGUGCCGGGUAUGUCAGAGUUCUCCUCCAAGCAGGAUAGCAUAGCGCACCAGAAUCCCCUUGCUCCUUGGAUUUUCCCUGGUUGUUCCCGUGGUGUUUGCCCUUGGAGGUGGGGGGGGGGGGGGGGACACUCGUACCUGAACUUUGCCACUUGGCUAUGUUUGACAAUCCAGAGGGCCUUGAGGAGGAUCUACUGAGGUACAGGGGCUCGCAUUUCCUUUCUCCCACCACAGGGUGUCACUCAGUCCCUAUCAGGCACUGGCCCCUAUUUCUGCAGGAAGGGCAGUGGGCAUUUUUAAAGAGCCACCUACAGAAAGGGCAUGUGAGUCAGUUCAGAGUUUCCUUAUCCCAACCUCCACAUCCAUAGGGAAUGGAAAUCCAGUGAAUCCAUGAAUCCACACCUUGCUGGUCAUUUUUAUGUGUGUUUUGGAGCUGUGUAAAAAAAUGGACUGUGAUGUGAUGAGUUUAAACAUUUGGCAUCCCAUGUUAUCACGACUGCCUCGAAUUAGGACACUUCCAUCAGAAACCUAUAAAAUCUCUUCACCUUUUGCCUUCAAUAGAGACUAAAUGGCUCUUUGCUCAGUGAAUGUCAUACUAAUGCUGGUAGCAAAUUACCACACCAGCUUGCUUAAAGAGGUUACAGAUAGUUAACUGCAUCCUUGUGAAUAAACAAACACAAAUAAUGAAUGCUGAUAAGACAGAACAGAACUAUUUUAAAAUUAUCCUAUGCAUUGGAGUCAUUUUUCCGUGUAGCUGUGGAUGUUGUAGAACAUAUUUUCAUCAAAUGCAGCAGCCUUGGAUAUAAUAAUUCAAUGUAGUACUGUCGACUCUCACAAACCCCACAGGAUCUGUGUGUAAAGCACAAGAAAUUCUAGUGUAGAAUCUAAGUGUAUGGAACUAGGUGGAAAAGUUAAAGAUUCUGACAAGUGCUUGAAAGCUGCUCAGGAAAAUAAUUUCAAAAAAUCUUUCUAAAAUUUCCACCUAUGUAGUUCUAGACUGUCAUGCAAACAUGAUUUACAGAGAAGCAAUGUUCUGGUUGACUGCCGUAUGCAGGACUCUGUAUAAAUCUGAAGUGUUCCAUGCAUCCGAGUCUGGGUUUCAUGAAGAGAAAUGCAAAUACAAAAUGCACUGUGCUUUGGAAGCUCUCAGGACUCUUGUGUCAGAGGCUUGCCCUUCCUCCCAGCUCUUUAGCUUCUCUCUAGUGGAAAUGAACUGGAACAGAGAGUAAAAUAGUGUUGCAAACAGCUUACUGUUUCCUGAGAAAUAAAUUUGAAGUGGGCUAUUUAUGUAGGGCAGUUGAGUAGUGGAUUAGCCUUAUGGAGAAGGAAUGGGAUGAAAAUUCUAGCUUGGGGUCUUUCUCCCAUUGCUUAUGUGGUUGGCUAAGGACACUAGGAACAAAGUCACACAUACUAAUUUUUGCUUUAACAACUACCUUCAUAUAUUUUAAACAGUGCAAUUUGUGUCUCUGAUGACAGGAGUCCUUUGGAAUACAGUAGAAUGUUUAAUGGCUAGGUACUUUAAUUAACACUUAACACAUAUAUAGUGCCUGUAACAUAUUUCUCUGAUGAUGAUUAACUUAAUUCAUGCAGCACUCCUGUGAGGUUGGUUUGUCAUGUCUUAAAAACACUGUGUUUUCUAAAGAGAAGUCACUAUUGCCAUAUCUAUAUUAAUAAUACCAGCAGAUAAUAAAGGAAACCUUUGAUUCCAUGGUAAAAAUAAUUUUAAAAUGAAUUAUUUUAAAACUGAGAAAAUGCCCUUCCCUUUCAAGGUCACUUAGUUUAUCUGUAAAUAAAAAUUCUCACUAGUGCUAAGUUUUGAAUCUCUUGAAUUACAUCUAUGGCAUCUUUGUAUUUUUAAAUGGCAUAUAUACAUACUAUUCUUUGCAUAUAUUCAAAACCCUAGUAUAUGUGUAUACAGAAACAUAAAGUUGUUUAUAUGCACAAACACUAGGCACACAUGCCCGCAGAUACACAUGCAGUAUUUAGACAUACCCCAGUUAAAUUUGCUCGUGAGGAAGGGUGAUUUGAUGGCUGAGAAACAGAAGAUGGCUAUCAGGUGAUCUGGAUUCUAUCCCCAGACUUCAGGCAAGUUAUUUAACCUAUAUGUGCCUCAGUUUCCCCACCUGUAAAAUGGGGCUGAUAAUUACCUACCUCACAGUGGUAUUGUGAGGCUAAAUUAAUUAUUGUUUGUUCAGGAUCUUCAGAAUGAAAGAAUUAUGGGAGUAUAAAUUAUUACUAGUCUUGCUUUCUUUGUUUUACUUGCUGUUACUGCUGUUAUUAAAGGUAGUCUAGGCAAACCAACCACAGUUAUGUGUAAAUAUAAAAAAUAUAUAAUCUGAAAAGGUACAUAAUUGUUAAAGAGAAAAAAGUGUAAUUUGAUUUAAAACUCUUAUUGGGAUGCAAUGUUACAUGAUGGCAUUGCAACAUUAGUUGUGAUUUUGCUCAUUUCUCUUAAACAUAUCAGUUUUCCACGGUGUUGUUGGUUAAAAGCCUUAUAAAAAUGGGUACAAUGAUGUAGCAACUACAUUGAUACCUGUCAGCACUGAUACUGAACUAUUUUAAAAUCACUAACAGUAAAACUGGCAGUGUGUUAGCCUCUUUUAUACCUUGUGGCUUAAACUGUUACAUAUUUGCAACUUUAAAAACACCCUUUACUUUUCAGAACACUCCAAGAAAUACUGGUAUGAGGCAUUCUAAUGUAACCAUCAAGAUUUACAGCUGCUGUCUUUGGUUUCCCUUUUAACAUAAAAAAAAAGGAAGAGGUUCUUGUUUGAAAUGGUUUCAUUUUAGCAGUAAAAUGUUCCAUGCAUACAAUGAACUCAGAAAUGCUCAGGAGACAUUUAGGGAAAUCCCACAUACAGUGUAAAUUAAUUUCUCAAAAACAAAAACAAUAUAAAACAAAGUAUGUUUUUAUACCCUGCAAAUGAGGGUGUUAGACUAUGAAGAAAUAAAAAGUGCCAGCAUGAGGCAACAUCUUGUAUAUCUCCACUUCACUUUCAAAGUUUUGGACUGUUCUAGGAUAGUCUCGUUGAAUUAUAUCAUUUUUGCUGAGUUUUCUGCUUUCAGUGACUAGUGUAAAAUGGAGUAAAGUGUUUCUUCAAAUGAAGUAGAUUUGGUAGAUUACUGUGCUCUGGACAGACAAAUCAAUGAUCUGCCUUUAUCAGUUCGUAGUACAAAGCAGAUUUCAUCUAACAUCACUAUGACUGAUAGCUGUGUUCUAGGUCCAAUGAGAAAUUCCUCUAAUGGGGAUACUCUCCUACUGCAUGAUAUCUCUUAAAUAGAAGUUAGCAGAAUGGGACUACUUUGGUUUCCAUUCUUGUUAAAUUAACAUGAAUACAUGCUCUGAGAAGUGUUUGUUUCAUUGUUAAAAAUUAAGAAAUACAUGCAUUUGUUUGUAAUAUUGUUUUGAUGAUGAACCAAUGGUUCUGAUUUGCUUUGAAUUGUUAGCAUUAUUUGAAGUCCAAUACAGUGUCACCAAGUUGAUGGUAUUGGUGGUAAUUUCAGUCGUGGAUUUUCCUAUGUUCACAAUGUUUUCUAAUUAUUUUUAAAUGAGUCUUUUGUGGAAAAAGACUACAGUUUUAAUUUCUUUGCAGAAUAACUAACAGUUGGAGUUGCUAUAUAUUGGUUGAUACUGUUAUGUUGUUGCCAUCUUCACUUAUAUUUGAGAGUUUUAGAUGAAAAUAAGCACACAUUUCUCUCAGAAUGUUGGCUUUUCAGUAGAAAGAAAUUUGUAAGCACUUACCUUUUCAAAUACGGAUUUUUGUUGGAUCUUCUAGUCCAUCAAAGAGUAAGUUGCUUCCUGGCUCAUUUUCUCUAUUCUAUUCCCAACUGAGCAUUGCUUCUACAACUGUCUUUAUGAGACUGGUGUAUAGCCUGAUCUUACUAGUCUGUGGAAUUCCUUCUAAAACUUCCAUUAGAAUAGCAUUUAAGUGCCUAGAAGUAGUUAUAGCAUCUACUCAGAAAGCUUUCAUAAUAUUAAGUCUGUAUUUUCAUGUUCCUUAUUUCCAUUCAGUAUUUUUAGCAUUAGCCUUCUCAGUGCCAAUUAAAGUAUUUAUUUCUGUCAUGGAUAAGUAUGUAAUGUUUUUCACUUACUUUCAGACUAAAAUCAUUAAAGUGACAAAUGUUGAAAGAACUCAGACCCACAAUUAGCUUUAGCACUUAAAAGCCUGGUCCUGCAGCCUUUGGACUUAGUUUUUUAAUCUUUCUUCAUAAGUCAGUCCUUUUACCUUGCUUGAUCACCUCUGUAGCUUUUCUUUGAAUUCUUUUUGUUGUCAAGUGGACAGGAAUAUAGAAUGUUUUUUGGAUGUCUAGAGGUACUAGAACAACUCAUUUCCCAAAUUUGAGCAUGAAUGUUUUAUGAACUAAGUUUUUAUUUUUCCUUUCUUUUUAAAUUUUUUGUGUAGGGCACAGGGAAUGGUAUCAUCAGAGAAAUUAAGAUCUGUAAUGUAUAUAAAUGGUACUUCAGAAUGGUAUGAAGACUAAAGAAUGUAUUUCUUGCACAAAUGCCAUGUUUUUCUGAAAUUGAUACAUAGAGCAAGUCAAUGUCAUGCUUUUUAAUAUGCAAGAUCUUAUUUCUCUAAGUCCUUAGUCCCUGCCUUUUCUCUUCUGUUAGAUGGAGUAACAAACUGCUCAAAAUAGGAAUUGUGGAGCCAUGUAGGUCCAAAUGAAGGUUUUCAUUGCCUUUUUCCCCUUUUUUCUUCUGUUAGGCUUGUCAGGACUACAAGUUUCAGCUAUUUUAUGUGCUGGUAGCUGUGACAAUCUUCAGGAAGAGAAUCUUUAAGACAUGAAAUAACAGAAAGGCUUAGAAGUAUGUAUUCUGAAGUGCAAUGAUACAGCCAUGUAGACAGCGCUAGGCUAUGAAUAUGCUAGGCAAAACAAAAUCCUUAUUAAAGAGCUGUUAUAGCUUGCAUCCAAAUAUUCUUUUUUAUGUAAUAUCUCCUCAAGUACAUAUUCUUAAUUGCAUACCCUUUCUCUCUUCUUCUAAAUUGAUUUCCUUUUUAGGGAUGACAUUUAUUAGCCCUGAAAAAAGGGGAAACUUGCUUUUAUGCAAGUAAUUCUAUUUAAAAUUAUUUCCUUGCAACACUUGAAAGCAUUGCCUACAUUUAAGCUUAUAUUGAUCGUAUUUGAUUUCUGAGUUUCUGUAGAAUUUGCAUCUUUAUUCUAUAAUAGUUUGUUGCAAUACAGUGCACAUAAAGCCUUGCCAAGCAGCAAUAAUGCAUACAGCAGUAUAUGGCACUACUUAAAUAAGAUGCCUUUCUUGUGUUUAUUCUUAGUGGUAUAAUGAGGAUUUUAGUCACCAGUUAAGUCCAGGCAUUCCAAAUAAUUUUUUAGCAUGUCUUCUAUUUUAUUUGGUGCUACUUUCAGUCAGCUUUUGAUACUUAAAUGCAGCUCCUACUAACACUAUUUGCUGUUACAGAUCAAAAUGCAAGAAUUGGCUUAUUCUGUUUAAAAAACAAGAAGUAUUAAUUCACAACUUCUGUUUAUGUAGUUAAAACAGUUUAGAAAUUAAAUCUUUUUAAAACAAUGAAAGAGGUUUUUUUAAUGAAAAUUCCUUCAUAUAAGAAAACAACAGACUUGUAUCCACAUGUUUUUUGAGACAAUCUGGUUACAGAUUAUAAUUAGGAAGGUUUAUGCAGAAGGAGAAAUGUACAUCCCAAAUAUCAGUAUCACGCACCUAGGCAAUUUGCGAACUAUAAAACUAGUCUAAAGAAGAACGUUGUUAAUACACCAUUUACAUGACCCAGAUUCACAGAAGGGUAUUUAAGUAGUGAAGAUUACAGAUUAUUAUCACAAAGAUAGGAAGAUGCCCAGUUUACCAGUUCCAUUCGCUGCUUACCCUCUUCCCUCUGGUUGUGGUUUGUCUUUUGAGAUGCUGAACUCUUCAGGGAAGUGACGUGCAUUGUUCAAUGCUUGGAACUUUUUGUUAAGCAGUUGGUGGCACUUUAUAGAAAAGCUUAUCUGAAUUUCUGUUCUCCUCCUGUUCUGUUUUUCUUCAUUUCUAUUUUCCCCUCUCUCUUUUUCUUCUACUGUUUUUUUUUCUUUUCAUUGUAGCUGGUGUUUGUUGCUCUGCCUUGCCUGCCUUUCCACUUUUGAUGACAGUUCUCUACAGUGCACUUUCUCUCUUUCUUUUUGUUUUAUGUUCUGUUUCUGUCUGUGUUUCUUUCCCACUUUCAGUUCUUUUAAUCUUUCAUUUUUGAUUUUGGCUCCCAUUUCCUCUAAAUCUUUCUGGAACUCUUCCCUUUUGCCUUUCUAGGACUUCCCUCAACUGCUUUUCUCCGGAGUGCACGUAUUUCCAGUCUGAAAUUUGGAUGAGUGUUGUACUCCCUCUAAAAAUGAUAAACCUGUAACUAGCAUUUUCCUCUCUCAUCCAUGUAUAUAUUUACCUUGCUGUCUGUCUUUCAUGGAAAAUAUAUAUUUAAUUGACAGACAGCUAUACCCAUCAUCUCCCAAAUGCUCCUUCUGUUUCAUUUCGUGUUAUGGGGAUGAGAUACAGUGUUUUCAUGAGUUUGUUGGAGCACAGCAAGGACUGCCUUACUCUGACUCUCCUUCAAACUGACAGGUACAGAAUAGCAGCAAGGUUGGGCAGAGGCAUCUUGCCAAACAGUUGAUCUGCAUAUGUGUUUCAGUGUGGAUUGCUGAGGACUAAGCUAGAACAUAGCCUUUUAGAUAAAAUUGUUACAACCUGAAGCUGAAGAACAGUCAAGAUAGAGGGUCCAUUGCUAAGCGCAGAGGCUGGUCCAAGGAUCCUUCCUCUUGGGAGUAGUUUGACUGUCAGGUUUGUGGGACAAUUCUGUUUGUGACUUUUCCUAGAGACAGAGGUAAGUGGCUGUCUUUCAAGUCCCAUAAAAUACAGGGUUAACCAGAGUUGUUGGAGGAGCAUGGAGAGGAUGGAGCAAGAUAAUUAGACAAUUCAGAGGUGUCUUUGUAGGGUAGAGCCUGUUUGAAGGGGAGUGUAUGUGAGAUAGAUGCAGGAGGGAGAGGGGCAGACAAGACUAAACAAGAGAGGGGAAAAAGGAGGGAAAAAGACAGUGCUGUCGGUGUGUAUCAUUUUGCCAUGAAUUGUUGAUUUUAUGUUUUUCUCAAGGUUCUGGGCAGUGGAGCUUAUUUUAAUAUGCUGUGAUUUUUAAUGGCAAAUAUUCUUCAUUUUGCUGGUUGCAUAGAGGAAAUUUAAACCAGGAGCCUAAACUGCUGCAGCACCAGGAACAUGGCAAUGCUGAAUUAUUUGCAACUUCUAUGUAUAAUUUGAGUGGAUCUCAUUCACAGCGUCAUAACACUUGCGGUACACUGGAAAGGUUGCUUCACAGGAGCCGGAGUGCAUGCAUGUGGACUUCAGAGGCAUAGCCCUGAUGUAGGAAGGUGAACUGCCAGCUUUUCCUUUCGAGAUGACUGUAGGCCAGGUUAUCAUUUGCUGGUGGUGCUGCCCCCUAACACAGCACUGGGCUAGGAGGCAAGGGAGAAGAGUUAUUUUGUGGGGUCUGUGUCUUGGAUUUAUGAUGCUUGAAAUAUAAUUUGCUAGAAUUGCUCUAUGUCCUGUAACUUUGCAAUUUUUGGAGAGGAUGAAUGGAUUCGUUGAGUAGCCAUAGUAUUCCUGAGACUAAAUGCUAGCCACUGGAGUUUACUGGACAUGUGACUCAAAGUUGCUGAAUUUAAAUUUUAGCAAUAGAGAGUUCUUCCAUUUCUUGUACACGCCAAACAUUUGCGUGUAGCUCCUUUUUUUAUUUGUCACUGACAGGUUAUGAUUUAUUAUCUCAUGGAUGUAUCUCAUGAGCUGCACUUGCUGCAAGGCAGCAGACUCCAAAAGGAAAACCUAAUCAAAUGGAGAGGUAUACCCGAAUUCUCCCCUCUUGAUCCCAGUCUCUUCUGAGUUGCUUUUCUCUGGUUUUACUCUGGCCCUGCCAGCAAGCUGGCCUGAUGGCAAAAGGGGAUUAACUCAUUUUUAUCUAUUUUUAUGUGACUGAGAAAAAUACAAAAAAAAUUUGUAAAGGAAUAGCAGAUUGAUUGAGGUAGAGAACUUGAUAAUCCGUCAGGGCUCUUUGGGAAGCUUCCAGUGUUUGUGCUUUAUCUUACCACAUCUUUAUAUAAAUGUCAACAGCUACUCUGAUUUCCCUUUCCAUUACCCAUAGUAUUCCAGUACCCAUACACGUGUCUUUGCAAAAAGGAAGGUAGUUCUAAAGAAUAUAACAAAUGCCUGUGUUGCAAGUGUGGUUUUAAAAGAUAUCAGCAAUCGCCCUUCCUUGCCUAAAUAAACGUAUGGAGAGUAUCAUUAUUUGUAUUUAUAAAGCUGGACUAGGAACAUGAAUUCAGCAUGGAUUAAGUUUUGGAGAAAGAUUUGGAGAGAUCUGGAAUAGAAGUAUUUUCCAUUUUAAAAGUAAAGGAUGAAUGCCAUCAUAUUUACAGUACACUUCGGGCUACUUCAACACAUGUGGGUCCAAAAUCUUUCAUUCCAUACUCUCAUAGAUAGAUAAAGAUUUUGCUGGCAUUACCCAUGUGAACAAAGGAGAAAAAUUUGGCAAUUAGACCAAGCCAAAAUCAGACUUUUGGACUAAUUAGAGCUAUGGCUCUUGGUAAGAAUAUGAAAGCCAAUAAAAUAAGAACUAGACUUGACACAUAACUUGUGAAGAUUCCCAGAGCAUUUCUUGCUACCCCAUUGUUAAUAUGGAGCAUCAUUUAUUUGUCAUUACUAGACCAAAUUCUACCUUAAUUUAUGACCAUGCAAGUCCACUGUCUCAUCCACUAUGAAUUUGACAUGUAGGUGUGGGCUAAAAUCAGUCUUUUUCUCACUGUGUCCGUACUCACACAGGUAGUUGGCUGAUUUUGUUGGCUGUAAUUCUUAUUCCUAUGGUUAGCAUGAGAGUACUUUGUACAGAUGUGAGAGAAUUAUGACAAAGAUAGAGCUUUCUUAGUUUUUUUUUUAAUACAGCCACUUGUUCUGAUCAGCAGAUGCUUAACACUGUGUUUAUAAAUGGAUUUCUGACAAGGGGCCAUUGUAAUCCACAUAAAGGCUCUUAGUGGUAAUCGAUAUACUGUAGUACCUAUCUUUAACAUACGUGAGUAUGCAGUCCUUUCCUUUUGCCUUUGCACAUUUUAAUACUUGUGAAAACAGUACAUGCCCUUUCCUACUUUUAUUUCAAGAAACCUUGACUUUGUCUAGGCUUCUUUGUACACAGUAUCAGGACUCAAGGGAAGAAUUAAAUUAAUCCAUAAUUGGUGCAUUGUCAUAAAUGGGGAAAAGUGUUAUUUGUAUAUUUUUUGUAAAUAUGUAACAUUUAAUGGCAGUUUUGUAGUGACGUGCUGUUUUUGAGAAAAGAAUCAGAUAUAUGUUUGAAUAUGCUUAAUGUAACAAUUAACUGUGAUUCAAUUGCACAAUUAAUAGCUUGAUCAAAAGUCUUGUGCAAUAUGUAGUGCACACACAUAACCAAGUUAUCUGUUAUUGACCCACAACCAAGUUUUUGGCAACUUUUAAUGAUGCUGAUAAACUGUGCAAUAUAGUUUAUCACAGUCUUUUUCAGCUUCCAAACAUGUAGCAGGCAAACUACUGUAUACGUACCUGUGUACUCCACUGCAUCCAAAGGUAUGCAUUUGUCUUGAGAACCUGCACUACAGGUUUUUCUUUAAUAAAAUUUCAUUCUAAAUUA